AAGUUUCCUUUCUCAUCAAAGCCUCGCCCCCUCUUUUGAUUAUUCAUAUAAAAGCCACUGAAAGGGUUUGUGAUUUUAUUCACCUCCUGACUGACCAAACAUGGAACUGAAAAUCUUCAUUGUUCUCUUCUGCGCUCUUUUCACUGGAGGACAUUCACUCCAAUGUUAUGAGUGUUUAGGUAUGAUGGGUUCUUGUGAAAGCAAAGAGACGACGUGUCCGGACACUGCCACAUGUGCAAGUGCAACAAUUGUACAAUCCACUGGUGGCAAUGAAGUCAAAAUGCAGUCUAAGGGUUGUAAAGUGAAAGAGAGUUGUAUAAGUGCAUCUGUUAACUUCGGAAUUACAAGGACAGUUACAUCUACACAAUGCUGUUCCACAGACCGUUGUAAUAACAAUGACGCCCCAGAUUACGGCUCUAACAGCCCCAAUGGAAAACAAUGUUACUUCUGUGAUGGGAAGAGUUGCUUCAACAAAUUAAACUGUUUAGGAGAUGAAGACUACUGCCUUAAAGCUACAGCAACUGUUGGGACUCUGUCAGAGACUGUUAAAGGAUGCGUCUCUAAAUCUGUCUGUGAUGCCACAUCACAAGCGAAUGCAGGUUUCACGGGCUCAUGCUGUCAGGGGAAUCUGUGUAACGGUGCUAAGAGCGUCACACAGAAUCUCCUCUUUCUCUUAUGGCCGCUCUUCUUCUUCAUCCUGAUCCACUGAAUUCAGCAAAACUUCACUCUCUACAGCAGUAAUGACAGAUAUUGUGGUGGGAUUAGUAAAAAAAAAAGUUUUAUGAUUUAUGCAUCUUAUCACUGCAACAGCAGUAUGUAAAAUAAUUUGGAUUUAAAAACAUUGUUUUAUUUCAUAUAGUUUAAUUUUAAUAGUAUUUUUUGGUGUAAUUUUCAUUAUAUUUUUUUUUAGAAAAAGAAUAUACUGCAAAUAGAGAAAAACAUUAAAUAAAAUGUAACCACAGACA